AUGCAAGCCGAAGGCCAAACAUUUGACAACUUUCUCACAGUGCUGAGAAAGGCAGUAAAAACUACUAGUUACCAAGACCAAGAUGAAAUGGUAAAAGAUAGAAUAGUAAUGAGUAUAUGGGACAAAAAUACCCAAGAAAAACUACUAAGAGAACCAAAACUAACAUUAACAAAGGCUAUUGAAUUCUGUAGGGCAGUUGAGGUCAGUAAAUCACAAUCCAAAGCUCUUCAAAGUAAACUAGGGGUUAAUGCAUUGAGAAGUAAGCCAUCAACAUCGUCAACACCUAAUUUGAACCAGAGCAGUUGCCAUAUAUGUGGAUACAAACACAAGAAAAAUGCAAAUUGUCCAGCAAUUGGUAAAAGUUGUGCCAAAUGCCAAAAGCCAAAUCACUUUGCUGCAGUAUGUAAACAUGAUGAAAAGAAGAAAGAAAAGAAUACAAGCUGUAAACAAAAAAAUGUGCACUUGGUAGAGAAAGAAGACAACAGUAGUGACAGUGAUAGUGUAUGUGAUGUACAUUUCCUAAGUUCAAUAAAUGUAAUAGAUUCAGUAGAUUCAACAUGUAGAAAAAGUGAAAGUGUUUGGAAGCAAAAGAUAAACAUAGGACACAGUCAUGUAGAAUUUAAACUAGACACGGGUGCUGAAGUGAAAUAUAAGAUCAUCCAUUCGUACCGCGUAUGCGUAGAAAGAAAGUUAAGCUAG